GUUUCAUCACUUCUUCAAACUAUUCGCAAAUAUACCAAAAUGGCUGAUUUUCAAUACGGUCACCCUCCUGUUAGGUCCAUCAGCUUGCCCUCGAGGCUACAACCCGACUCCAUAAAGAUCGUGUCCGAACUUAAGAAGCUGAGGAGUUGUCCCGAUUCCUGCACCCCCGAGGUGAUCCGAGCCAAUAUGAUGAGCCUUUCGAAGACGUUCAUCCAGGUCCAGGAAAUCUUGAACUCUCCUCUGACCCAAAAAGUUUUGGGAAAGCCCAGAAGCAGGGCCCUCGUGGAAGAGGCGCUGGAUGGGUCAAUCUUGGUGAUCGACUCGUGCGGGCACGCGAGGGAUUUGUUGUUGGCGAUGAGAGAACAAGUCCAAGAAGUCCAGUCUUCGGUCAGGAGGAGCCGAGGAGGAGCGAACUUCUCUUGCCUCAAAAGACAUAUUCGGUGCUUCAUAUGCUUCCGGAAGAAGGCCAAGCGGGAGGCGGCCAAGCAUGUGCGGGAGCUGAAGAAGGCCCUCGACAACAAUUGUGCUUCUUCCCUCGAAGUAGAGAGCACCCACCUGGAAAUAGUAAUCCAGGUCCUAAAGGAUGUGAACAACGUUUCCGGGUCACUCCUCAAAGCCCUUUUCGAGUUCUUGUUGAUGACAAAAACCGGCGGCAAAUCUUCCGUUGGUGGGUGGUCCGUCGUUUCCAGGCUGAUGCUAAGUUCGACUGAGAAGAAGAAGUCUCUAUCUCAACAAAGGCGUGGAGGGUUGACCGAGGUGGAGAGCGUUGACUCUGACCUCCGUUCUAUCCUACGAAGCAAAACCGACACGGGGGUUGAUGUGAAAACGCCACAAAAGGGGUUGGAGGCUCUUGAUGGUUGCAUCCUAGGGCUCGAGGAGGGUUUGGAGAGUCUCUUCAAGUGCUUGAUUCAAUAUAGAGUGUCUCUCCUUAAUCUCCUAAAUUCUUGAAUUUAUCAUGGUUCACCCCGCGGCCCAUCGAUGAUGAAGUUUUGUAUCAAACUGUAUAAAAUUAAAGAUACACACAUACUUGCAGUUCAAUCAAUUUCUGCACUUGGUGUGUCCAUUUUCUUUAGUUGCACAGUGAA